AUGCUGGCAGUGGACACAGGUAAUUUGCGAAAUUUUGGGCAGAGGGAUCCUGGACUUUUUGUUUUCGGACACCAUCUGGGCCCUUUCCACUGGGUUCGCUCGAAACUGGGUUUUGGAUAUUUGGAGUUCAGUAAUGCGCAGUCGGCGGCCGAAGCUAUUGCUGGUAUGAACAUGUUCGACUUGGGCGGGCAAUUUUUGCGUGUCGGCAAAUGUAUCACUCCGCCGGACGCACUAACAUACAUUGUUCCCACUUCGACAGUCAAUCUGCCCACUGCUGCCGCUGUUGCGGCUGCUGAAGUUACUGCUAAGAUUCAAGCGGAAGAAAUGACGGCCAAGAAAUCGCCGAUUACGUCGAUAGUCACCGGCAAAUCAUCGCCAUCUGUGAGUCCUUCUUCGAUUCUUUUUAAUAAUUUCAACGGAAAAACUGUUCUCGAAAAAACAGCAGCAAGUCGAGGAACAUACAUUGAUUGUGGGAAUAUCAACAGAGUUAGAAAGAUUGGAAAAAAGUUAGAUGUAGAGAGAGCAAAAUGA